AUGCCCAAGAACGAGAUGAACGAGUUCAUCAACACCGUUGGCAUUGAAUCCCAUGGGAGUGCGUCCUCGGUGGUCAUCAGCGACAAUCUGAAGAAAAGGCGUGAACCCAAAGGCCCCAAAAAAUGCUGCCCUCCGGCAGCUGACUCCUCGAUAACCCCGACGCUCACUAAUCCAGAAUCAUCCCCUGCAUCCGCUGUUGGGCCGGGACAGAUGCUGUCCAUCGAACGGUCAAACUACUAUUUCGACCAGGCUCAUGUCUUUAUGAAUGGAUACUUUGAGAGCAUUCACUUCGUCCAUCCAUUUGUUGACAAGGAGGACUUCUUUGCGCGCGCUAAUGACCUUUGGUUCAAUCGGUCACGCACGCCUGAGCCGAGUUUUAUCGCGCUGUACCUCAGCGUUCUCUCGCUUGGGUCCCUGGUGCGUGUUUGGGAUGAAGGGACCCUAGCCGGGUUGGGUCGCUUUGAAUGGAGCCGAAAGCUGUUUGAGGAAGCACAGGUGUACCUGAACAACCUACGCUUUUCGAACGAUCUUGAAACCGUUCAGUGUCUUUAUAUGAUGAAGAUACCACGCAGCGUUCCGAUUGGAUCUCAAAGACUUGGUGGUAGUGAGAUGAGCUUUUCGGUUGGACGACCAGACUCCCUUGGAAUGGAUGAAUAUCACAAUCGCAAGAUUCCACCACGCGAUGAUUCCGAAUUUGCCAUCAUCCCAUGGAUGAUUGAUUUUGCGCAGAUCAUUCGACAAAUCUCUGUCCAGAUCUACCAUUCUCGCAUCUCAUUACCGGACAAGUUACAACUUGCUCUACAGAUCGAAAUGGAAAUGGAUCGGUGGUUAGCGAGGCUUCCAGAGAUGAUCAAACCUGAUGUUGGAGGAUAUCGACUUGGCCGUAGUGCCCUGCGCGACCCGAAGUGGGCACGAAGACAACAGCUCGUGUUGGGAAUUAGUGAGUAA